CCGAGCGCCGGCCGGAGGGGAGGGAGGCAGCAUGUCCGGCAGCCGCCAGGCCGGCUCGGGCUCCGCGGGGACGAGCCCCGGCUCCUCGGCGGCCUCGUCGGUGACUUCCGCCUCGUCGUCCCUGUCCUCGUCGCCGUCUCCGCCCUCGGCGGCCGCGGCGGCGCUGGGGACCGGCGGGCCGGCGCAGGCCGCGGGCUCGGGCGGCCUCGGGGCCCCGGCGCGGCCCGUGCUGGUGGCGGCCGCCGUGUCGGGCGGCGGCAGGCUGAGCUGUGCGGCCAGGCCCAGCGCCGGGGCCGGCGGAGGCGGCGGAGGCUCGGGCCUGAGCGGCGGCGGCGGCAGCAGCAGCAGCAGCAGCAGGAAGCGGCCUCUGCUAGCGCCCCUCUGCAACGGGCUGCUCAACUCGUACGAGGACAAAAGCAACGACUUCGUCUGCCCCAUCUGCUUUGACAUGAUUGAGGAAGCGUAUAUGACAAAAUGUGGCCACAGCUUUUGCUACAAGUGUAUUCACCAGAGUUUGGAGGAUAAUAAUAGAUGCCCCAAGUGUAACUAUGUUGUGGACAAUAUUGAUCAUCUCUAUCCUAACUUCUUGGUGAAUGAGCUCAUUCUGAAACAGAAGCAAAGAUUUGAGGAAAAGAGGUUCAAAUUGGACCACUCAGUGAGUAGUACCAAUGGCCAUAGGUGGCAAAUAUUUCAAGAUUUGUUGGGAACUGAUCAAGAUAACCUUGAUUUGGCAAACGUCAAUCUUAUGUUGGAGCUAUUAGCACAAAAGAAAAAACAGUUGGAAGCAGAAUCCCAUGCAGCCCAGCUGCAGAUCCUGAUGGAAUUCCUCAGAGUCGCAAGAAGAAAUAAGAGAGAGCAAUUGGAACAGAUCCAGAAAGAACUGAAUGUGUUGGAAGAGGAUAUUAAAAGAGUAGAAGAAAUGAGCGGCCUGUACUCCCCUGUCAGUGAAGACAGCACUGUGCCUCAGUUUGAAGCUCCUUCUCCAUCACACAGUAGUAUUAUUGAUUCCACAGAAUACAGCAGCCAACCUCCGGGCUUCAGUGGCAGUUCUCAGACAAAGAAACAGCCUUGGUAUAACAGCACGUUAGCUUCAAGACGAAAGCGGCUCACUGCUCAUUUUGAAGACUUAGAGCAGUGUUAUUUUUCUACAAGGAUGUCUCGUAUCUCAGAUGACAGUCGAACUGCAAGCCAGUUGGAUGAAUUUCAGGAAUGCUUAUCCAAGUUUACCCGAUACAAUUCAGUACGACCUUUGGCCACAUUGUCCUAUGCUAGCGAUCUGUAUAACGGCUCCAGCAUAGUCUCUAGUAUUGAAUUUGACCGAGAUUGUGACUAUUUUGCAAUUGCUGGAGUUACAAAGAAAAUUAAAGUCUAUGAAUAUGGCACAGUCAUCCAGGACGCCGUGGAUAUUCAUUAUCCUGAGAAUGAAAUGACCUGCAAUUCCAAAAUCAGCUGUAUCAGUUGGAGUAGUUACCAUAAGAACCUGUUAGCUAGCAGUGAUUAUGAAGGCACGGUUAUUCUGUGGGAUGGAUUCACAGGCCAGAGGUCCAAAGUCUAUCAGGAGCAUGAGAAGCGCUGCUGGAGCGUCGACUUUAACCUGAUGGAUCCUAAGCUCUUGGCUUCCGGCUCGGAUGACGCCAAAGUGAAAUUGUGGUCUACCAAUCUGGAUAACUCGGUGGCAAGCAUUGAAGCAAAAGCUAAUGUGUGCUGUGUUAAAUUUAGUCCCACUUCCAGAUACCAUUUGGCUUUUGGCUGUGCAGAUCACUGUGUCCACUACUAUGAUCUUCGUAACACUAAGCAGCCAAUCAUGGUAUUCAAAGGACACCGGAAAGCCGUCUCUUAUGCAAAGUUUGUGAGUGGUGAGGAAAUUGUCUCUGCAUCAACAGAUAGCCAACUAAAACUGUGGAAUGUGGGGAAACCGUACUGUCUGCGUUCCUUCAAGGGUCAUAUCAAUGAGAAGAACUUUGUAGGUCUCGCUUCUAACGGAGACUACAUAGCUUGUGGAAGUGAAAACAACUCCCUCUACCUGUACUAUAAAGGACUUUCUAAGACUUUGCUAACUUUUAAGUUUGAUACAGUCAAAAGUGUUUUGGACAAAGACCGGAAGGAAGAUGACACCAAUGAGUUUGUUAGCGCUGUUUGCUGGAGAGCGUUGCCCGAUGGGGAGUCCAAUGUGCUGAUUGCUGCUAACAGUCAGGGUACAAUUAAGGUGCUAGAGUUGGUAUGAAAGGUUUACUGAAGUCAAAUUGUGCUUGAUCCUGCCGAAAUGCGUCUGCAGCAGACAGUAAGAGAAGAAACGGAAACUGUCAUGUGAUUGCUCCCCAAAGUCAUCAUGGGUUUUAAAUUUUUUAAUAAUUUUUUUCUUUUCCUUUUUUCCCUCCUUUUUGACCUUUGGGACAUGGGAAAUCCCCAGCAAAAUCCCCACCAUCAACGUAACUCGAUGGACUUCGCUGCUGCUGGUGGUGUGGUCAUUGAUUUUUGUGAUAGGGAAACAAAUUCUUUUGAAUAAAAAUAAGUAACAAAAAUAAUAAAAUUUUAUUGAGCCACAA